CAUGUGUGGCUUCUGUUUAUGUUGGACAUCAAUGUGCUGUGAAUUUUAAAAUCAUUUUGUUGCAUUUUUGAGAUUUUCCAUUGGCCUGAAUUAUAUUUAUAAAUUCAGUAUAGAGGAAGUUGUCUGUCUUUAUAGAAUUGAAUCUUUUAGCCAGCAUGUUACAGUUCUUCAGUCACAUGUGGGUUUUUUUGUUGUUUUUUUUUUUGUUCCCGGGGAUCAAACUCGGCUCCUUGCACUUGUGCAGCAGGCGGCGAAACCACUGAGCUAAAUCCCCAACCAGUCAUACAUUUUUGUCCUUGUUAAGGUAACUGUAUUUUUCUUCUAGUUGGCCCUGUUUAUCCUUCCUAAGUAUUUUAUAGUUCCUGUUGCUUAUUGGGGUUUUCUUUGUUUUUGGUACUGGGGAUUGAACUUGGGACCUUGCGCUUGCAAGGCAGGUGCCGGAACCACUGAGCUAAAUCCCCAGCCCACUUAUUGUUGAUUGUAACUUAUUAUCUUACCUACUAUUUUUAUGUGCAGUUAUUUUUGAAACUCUCCAUUUCUCAGAUCUUGAUUCUAGUAGUGCAAAUGAUUCAUUUUCACUUGUGUUUUCUGUGUAAAUUGUCAUAUUUGCAUGUAACAGCAGUUUUGUCUCCUCUUUCCUUUUGAUACUGGGGAUGGAACUCGGGAUCUUGCCCUUGUGAGACAGGCUGCGGAACCACUGAGCUAAAUCCCUGGCCCUGUCUCCUCGUUUUUAAUGGCUAUGGGCUUUAAUUUUCCCUUGUCUUAUUGCUUGGGCUAGAAGUUCCAGAACAAUGUUAAGUAAGAAUAGUCAUGGUGGAAAACUUUGUCUGUCUUCCAGCCCCUGAUGGGAAUGCCUUUACUAAAGUGUUUACCAGAAUGUGCUCCAGGAACACUAAUUCUCUGGAAUAUUAAUGUGUGUACCUUGAGAGAAGAGUUCCACAGUUAAAUGACUUCCAAACUGCUGAGGUGAAUUAACCGAAGCAUGAAAACCUAAAAAAUAGGAAGAGGAAGAAUGUUCAGACAGACCUUAGGAGAUUGCACUUCAUGUCAGUAGAAAUGGACAGCAGCAGUUUUAUUCAGUUUGAUGUGCCCGAAUACAGCAGCACCGUUCUGAGCCAGCUAAAUGAACUCCGCCUACAAGGGAAACUAUGUGACAUCAUUGUCCACAUUCAGGGUCAGCCAUUCCGAGCCCACAAAGCAGUCCUUGCUGCCAGCUCCCCCUAUUUCCGGGACCAUUCAGCAUUAAGUACCAUGAGUGGCUUGUCGAUAUCAGUGAUAAAAAAUCCCAAUGUGUUUGAACAGUUGCUUUCCUUUUGUUACACUGGAAGAAUGUCCUUGCAGCUGAAGGAUGUCGUCAGUUUUCUGACUGCAGCCAGCUUUCUUCAGAUGCAGUGUGUCAUUGACAAGUGCACGCAGAUCCUAGAGAGUAUCCACUCAAAAAUCAGUGUCGGAGACGUCGACUCUGUCACUGUCGGUGCCGAAGAGAAUCCCGAGAGCCGUAACGGAGUGAAAGAAGGCAGCUUCUUUGCCAACCCUGUUGAGAUCUCCCCUCCAUACUGCCCUCAGGUACGGCAGCCCACCGCAAGCAGUGAUCUCCGGAUGGAGACAACCCCCAGCAAAGCUUUGCGUGGGCGCUUACAGGAGGAGGGGCACUCAGAUCGGGGGAGCAGUGGAAGCGUGUCUGAGUAUGAGAUUCAGAUCGAGGGGGACCAUGAGCAAGGGGACUUGUUGGUGAGGGAGAGCCAGAUCACUGAGGUGAAAGUGAAAAUGGAAAAGUCAGACCGGCCUAGCUGUUCAGACAGCUCCUCCCUGGGUGAUGACGGGUACCACACUGAGAUGGUUGAUGGGGAACAAGUUGUGGCAGUGAAUGUGGGCUCUUAUGGCUCUGUGCUCCAGCAUGCGUAUUCCUAUUCCCAAGCAGCCUCACAGCCAACCAGUGUAUCGGAAGCUUUUGGAAGUUUGAGUAAUUCCAGCCCAUCCAGAUCCAUGCUGAGCUGUUUCCGAGGAGGGCGUGCACGCCAGAAGCGGGCUUUGUCUGUCCAUCUCCACAGUGACCUGCAAGGUGUGGUGCAGGGGUCUGACAGCGAAGCCAUGAUGAACAACCCUGGGUAUGAGAGCAGUCCCCGGGAGAGGAGUGCAAGAGGCCACUGGUACCCAUACAAUGAGAGGUUGAUCUGUAUUUACUGUGGGAAGUCUUUCAACCAGAAAGGAAGUCUCGACAGACACAUGCGACUCCAUAUGGGAAUCACCCCCUUUGUAUGCAAGUUCUGUGGGAAGAAGUACACACGGAAGGACCAACUGGAGUACCACAUCCGGGGCCACACUGAUGAUAAACCAUUCCGCUGUGAGAUCUGUGGGAAAUGCUUUCCAUUCCAAGGUACCCUCAACCAGCACCUCCGGAAAAACCACCCAGGUGUUGCUGAAGUCAGGAGUCGCAUUGAGUCUCCCGAGAGAACAGAUGUGUACAUGGAACAGAAACUAGAAAAUGAUGCAUCAGCCUCAGAGAUGGCCCUCGAUUCCCGGAUGGAAAUCCACACAGUGUCUGAUGCUCCUGAUUAAGAUGGUAAAGAAGGCCACCCAAACAAAGCACAUUAAUCAAUGCAUAUUUGUGAUUUGCUUUGUUGUAAUCUUUGGUUUUCCCAGCCAUCUGGAAAUCUCUUGGUCUCUUGGCAGUUUUUCUGAAGUUUCUGGAUGGAACACUUCAUUGUGUUUAUCCUACCCCUCCGCCCUCUCUCCCCCAAGGAGCUCAAAGCAUGAAGGGCAACGUAUCCAGGGAAAACACAGGCUGACAGUAUUCCUCUUUGGCUGAACUCUGAAUCCCAAAUCUGCCAGUGAUUUAGCUAUGCCAACUGGUUGACCCUAUACUCUUCUGCCAAGAGGCAUGCUCUCUCUCACGGCAGGCACUGGCAUCAGUGCAUGCCCGCAGAGGGAGACUGGGAUGCCGUCAGCUGAUACAAAUGGGUAACCUUUUCUAAUUUAAAGUUACUUUUAGGGGGUAGUUAGACAAUUUAUAUAUAUAUAUAUAAUAAAACAAUUAUUAUAUAUAUAGUAUAUAUACAUUCUCAAAUUUGAGUUUAUUCUGGUUGAGGUGAAUGUAAGAGGAAUAUAUAAUUUAAUACAAUGUGAACAGAGCUUUUAACUCUGUCUUAUCCCUUCCUAAUAUGUUAGUUUUACCUCUUUGUUUCCCUUACAGAAGAAUGUUAGCAGGUUUUCAUAUAUAUUAAUCAUUGUGUCCAAAAGCAAGCAAAGCAAAUCACAGUGUUCAUAGCUCUGCUUCAUAACAAAUACAUAAGCCAAAUGCCAUAAAAUUUCUUUAACUCUAGUUGGAAACCGUUUGGAAUUUUUGUUCGUUGUCUGGCAGGUAAGCUGGACAACCUGUGGUGCUGACCUUUUUACAUAAUGUAGUGUUACAUUAGCCAACCCCAAAGGAGCAGUGGUUUUCAAGGUUUUUACCGGCCUACAGAUCUACCUUCAUUCCGUACUGUAGAAACAUAUAUACCAGGUAACUAAAUCAAAUCACUCUCUACCAUGAGUUAGUACUCGCACUAAAGGAAAGGGAUUUGUAGUUCUGGCUACAAAAUUCUCCAAGCAGUGUUGUGGUUUCUUUUUUUUUUCCCUUUCUUUCUUUCUCUUUCCAAACAGCCAGUUCAGGUGCACAGCAACUUUUUUCUACACGCAGUUCCCAAGGAAACUGCAGAACUUGGAAUUUGUACUUUUGUAAAGCUAUACUCCAUGGGAAUUGCAAGCAAUAUAUCUAUCUUAGUAUUGUGUGUGCUAAUGAGAGCCUCAGUGCUCCCCCACUCUCAGUGUUUCCUGCUUAAAGAAACCAACAGUUAAAAGCCCUCUAAGAUACUCUGUGUGUGUGUGUGUGUGUGUGUGUGUGUCUCACCAUAUUUUUGGUCACGUGGUGCUAUUUUUAUGUUAAGUAUCUUCUAGGUCAGUACAGUUGUAGACAAUGUGAAAUCUAACAGUAAUAGUGAAUUGCAGUUGUUUUCCUCUCUUGAGUUCAUAGCUUGAAAGAGACCUCAAAAGCAUGUGCCAGCAAACACACUCCUGUAUGAAAACUUGCCCUAGUCCUAUUUGAAUAAUGCUUUAUUAGUGCUUUAGGAGAGUCUUCAGUGCACUGUUGGGUUUGCAUAUACGAACAGGCUUUACAGGAUCACUUUGGUACUGUAGGCUCUGGCAGUUCUGGAAACAGUUGGAGCGCCUGUUGCAGGCCGCCUAUGGAUGUCAGUGCUCCAGGCUCUGCUGAGAACAGGAGCUCUGAGACCCACAUCCAGCACAUCUCCAUGAGAGAACAGUGCAGCCACUUGAAAGAAAGAAGUGAAAGGCCAGGCUUAGACACUAGGAGUUAGAAAUACAGAAAUAGGCAUUUGCUGGUUUUCCAUGCUUUUUUGGCUCUUACGUUACCAAGAAUGGUUGGUUUGGAAGAUAUUUUUGUGUUGUUUUUUGUUUUUUUGAGAAAAAAAGAAUCAUUCAAGCCCUUCAUGUGUAACAGCCCCAGUGGUGGCUGUACAGUAGCACCUCUUUAGCACACAGGAUCUGUUCACGUGUGAACUGCUGUGCUACACAUCAGUGUUAAUUCCACAUAGAUUACACUCUAAUCCUGCUGCUCCUGAGGAGCAGCUCUUGUUAAAUCGGGUAUAUAUUAUGCCUUUUCCUCCUCAAACUGCCUAAGUGGGGGUUUGUUCUCUCCCUGAAGCACUUGUUCAACUCCUGAUAAACCCGCGUGCCUCAAGGGGAGGCUGGACCCCAAGUGUUUACCCACUUAAAUAUGUUCUGGGCUUUCAGGUAAAUGUUUGUGAUUUUUUUUUUCCCUUACACAAAUAAGUUUGAUUUUUUAAAAAAAGAAUUAAUUGCAAAAAAUUUGUGUUGUGAUACAAAUGAAGUCUGUGACAAGAAAGGUCCAAACCAAAGGACAUGAGAGGUCAAGCUCAGGGAAGGAACGUCCUUUUCACUCGGGCUUGGGGCCUUCUGUGAGGCCAUGAGAGCUUCCCGCGCUGUGUGCAGCAAGCGAGGAGGGAAGAGCACUUGAGUCAAGCACCUCCACUGUCCUGGUUCUUGUCACUGUGUCCGUCUGAAUCUUAGUUCUUGUAUUUGUAAACUUGUUUAUCUGGUUUGAGUUUACCAAAGAGUGACUUAUCCAAAAUUGUCGUUGACAAAAAUAUACAUUGCUUUGAUUGUACAGUUCAGGUUCAAACAUUGUAAUGGGACUGUUAAGGGGCAGAAAAUUGAUUGAGUUUCUCUCUAGUAAUCAUGAUUCCGCAUCUUGCAAGUUCCACUUGCUCCCAUUCGUGUUGCUAACACUUUACCCUUUCCACUGCUAGCAGUGUUAAGAAUGAAUUCUCAAGCCAUAACACAGUACUGUAAGUUCCGCAGGGCUUCGAGGGAGGCAGUGUGUAGGCCAGCACAGAGCUGUGUGGCGUCUCAAAGCGUUGGCACUGUCACGCCUCCAGGGGGCGUGACUGGUGAGGUCACUCCAUUCAGAUGGGCAGCAGCAGUUUAUUGUGCCUUGCCAUAUCAGGAUGUGCCAGGAGGAUUUACCUGACUGCAGAACAGAAACAUUCCCUCCCUGAAGUUCACGUCACGUCUUUGCAGACAAAGUACGCUGUGUAACUCCUUAGAGCAACUCUUUUUGGAAAGCAAAGUCCCUAUUUCUGUACAGUUUUAGGUUAGGUGUUUCAUUUAUAACAAAUGCAGAAAUCAGUUAAGAUAAAGUGAUAUGUGAAGAAAACCUUUACAGUAAAAUAUAUCCUGAAUUCAUACAGGCUUGUUCAUAAUUGAGUCUCUUCUUGAGCUACCUUUUCGAUAGUAGACAAUGUGAAGACAGUGACAGCGUCCUUUUCUAUCCAUGUUUAACCUGUUAUUACAAACUGUGAAGACAAUUUUAUACUUUUACUAAUGUUUGUGGUUCCAAACAAUUAUUUUCAUUCUAAUCAGUUCUCUGCCCUCUCAUUUCUACUAAAGCUGUACAUACCUUUAGAAAUUAUAUUUGUAAAUACAGUAUAUGAAGACAAGUUAAUUUUUUGGUCAGUGGAAAGCCUCCCAACCAAUUGGCUCUGCCUUGGCAGUUGUUUUGUUUUUGUUUUGUUUUUGUUUUCUUUUUUAAACAGCAGAAAGGAUACUGUCAGUUCACUGUUAAGCAGAAUAUACUGUAGAACUAAAAUGAUAAUUUUUAAAUCUUCCAGAGCAUAAGUAUAUGUCUCUUCUAAUGAUAGCAAUUAUAACCAACUCUGUUUUUCCCUUAGCCCAGACCAUAGGCCUGCGUACUUUUAUGUGUGGUUUUAUUUUUAAUUUUGUUUUUACGGCCUAGACUCUAGGAAGAAUCUGCAGGAACACAACAAGGGCUAGGGAAAUCAUCUAUGUGAAUGAGCUUUACUUUAAAGAGAUCAAUUUUUUAAAACAACUUUUCUAUUUGUUACUGUGAUUUUUGUUGUUGUUGUUGUCAUUGUCGUUGUUAUUGUUAAAUUCUAUAAUGGUUUCCUGUGAAGCCUCCACUGAAAGGGACUCAAAUAUGCAACACCUAAACUAUUUUCCAAGGGCGCAUGCCCCUUGAAUGGUGCUUCUAGACUGGUCAGGGUUAUUUAUUAAAUUUUAUAUAUGAAAGUAUUGGGGAAUUAUGUAAAUUCUUUAUAUGAAACUAUCUAGUUCAUAAAUCAUAGAUUUCAUAUUACUCAGUGCAACUGAACUGAAGGUUCAGAAAAGUCAUUCACAUUGUUCCACAUUUGUAACGGUGUCACACGUCACGUCUUUUUCAGUAAGUACCAGAGUGUUCCCACUGUUUCUGCCCAGUGCUUGACUUCUUGGCCCAGAAGAGAACCUGUUUUCUCCAGUUCUCUCCCUGGGUCUGGCACCAACGGGGCUAUUGUUCUUGAUCAAGUCCUGCAGUCGGCCUUGCUUGGUGCUCCCUGGAGCAGAUUCAGUAAACAGACCUCUUGCUGCCCCUCUGACAAGUAUGCUGUGAAUUCAACCUUUGGACUUGCGGCCCAAGCCUCUGGCUGCUGCCCUGACUAGAGUAAGAGGUAAACUUACCUGGUUUGUUUGAGAAUGACCAUUUUCCUAAUGUGAAAACCAUCUCUCUCACCACUUUUAUUAGUAGGGCUAAUGUUGUUUUCCGUUAUAAAUGGUUGAGCAAUUUGAAUGACUUAACACAGUGUCAUUAUCUUGCAAUAUAAACUGGUAACCUCACAACUCCACACUUCAUCACCAUAUGAAGUAAAUGAAGCUAGCUAAGCGGAUGCUGUAUCAACUAGUAACUUGCCAUAAGGAUUAUUUUAUAGCAUGGAUUUAAGACUAUUUAUUCAAAUGAUAUUUUACUCUCGUAUUCAUUUUGUUUUAGAUUUGUGACAUGAAUAUUUCAGUGCUGCUUAAUUUUGUUCUGAAUUCUUGUUUCUUGCUUGUAAAUGGCUUUUUUAUGGUAUAAAGUCAAUGGAAAUUGCUGUUUGUAAAUAAAAAUGCUGCUAGAGCAA